AUGUUGCCGAAGUAUUCUUCCAAAGAUGUUCGCGCGCAUACGUCGGAUAACGACCUCUGGAUCGUCAUUCGCAAUACAGUUUACGAUGUCACAAGUUACCUAGAGGAACAUCCAGGUGGUAUCGAAAUAUUGAAAGAAUGCGCUGGCACAGAUGCAACCGAGGCAUUUGAGGAUGUUGGCCACUCGGAGAGAGCGUGGGCUGCUAUGGAGUCGCUCAUGGUUGGCGAACUAUUGGCAAAUGAACGAAGGGAAUUGGUGGCGCUCUAUCAGCCUACCUAUGAACACGUCGGAACAGUUUCCGUCUUGACCAAGAAGCCAGUGAUGAAAUGGCUCAUGAGUUUAUCAAUCAAGGGCAUGUGGCUGAGCCUGACCGGUGCCCUUCUCUACAAAGGUAGCCAUCGUCUUCUUGACCAAGCUCGCCAAAUGCGCCUCUCGAACGCAUUUUGGUAUGGAUUCCUCAGUUCAGCAACGGCACUUUCCAUUGCCUCGACCGGCAUCGGGUACUAUCUGGUCUCAAUAUUUAACGCUAGCCACAGCGUGAAGAAAUAUCCCUCCAGGCAAAGGGCGUCGCAGAGAGUACUCCUUGGAGACAACUCAAGUACUGCAAAUACCGCGAUCCUUGACGCUCGAGCCUACCGCAAGUUCCCAUUAUCCAGGAAAGAAGGGAUUUCCCCUAACGUCUUUCGCUUCACCUUUGCUCUGCCAAACCCUUCGGAUAGUCUGGAUUUGCCAAUAGGACAACACGUCUCAGUGCGUGCCGACAUAGAUGGUCAAUCAGUUACCCGGUCAUACACUCCAAUUUCAAACAACAAAGACAAUGGCGUGAUUGAAUUGAUCGUUAAGAUUUACGAACAAGGCAUGUUGACAAGAUAUUUGGGCUCAUUACAGGUUGGCGAUGAGUUAGAAUUCCGCGGCCCUAUCGGGCCUAUGAAGUACCGUUCUGGGCUUUGUAAACACAUCGGCAUGAUCGCAGGAGGUACUGGUAUCACCCCCAUGUAUCAGCUUAUUCGGGCCAUUUGCGAAGACGCCUCGGACAACACAACUGUUAGCCUCCUAUAUGCCAACAACACCGAAGAAGAUAUUCUCCUCAGGCCGGAGCUUGACCACUGGGCAGCGAAGUGCCCGACAAAGUUCAACAUAUCAUACGUCCUGUUGCAUCCGCCUCGGGAAUGGAAGCAUUACACAGGAUUUGUGACAAAAGAGCUCCUCAGAGAAAAAAUGCCAAUUACUGCUCUGGACUCUAAGAUUAUGAUGUGCGGGCCUCCUGGAAUGAUCACUGUAAUGAAGCAAUAUGCUGGAGAACUUGGACUUGAAAUACCUGGCGCAAUUUCUAAAGCCACUGAUCGAGUUUUUGUAUUUUGA